AUGGGUGAAUCAGUUUAUUCAUCGUGCAAAAGUGGCAUACCAUUUUCAGUGAGAGUAUGUCCACGAGUGGCUGAAACUGCGCCUCACCAAUCGAAACAAUUUUCGCAGUUUUUAUUUGACUGCGGUGCAACAAAUAACGCAACGACUUCACCACCUUGUACGACGGCUGCUGUUGGUUUACCAGCACUACCUGAUUACAUAUUAGCAGCUGCGUUUGCGUCGCAUUCACCUUUGUUGGCUCCACCGAAUACGGCACCGUCACAACAGCCCAGUUCCGUACAGCUGACAAGUUCAUCGUCGACGACAUCAUCAUCCGAUUCGUCUUCACUUCUUUUCACAGCUAGUCAGCUCUUCGCUGCUACUAAUUCCCAUCAAGACGUCACUGCGGUUGCAGUUGUGGCUGCUGCGGCACAACAAUUGCAGCAACAAGUGGCUGCCGCAGCCAGCAUUACCGUGCAACCAUCUUCACAUAGCACUUCUACUAAUGCCAUUGCUACUGCAGGUAACACUCAUCGAGCAACGCUUAAUUGUACUCUUACGGCUGCACCGCGACAACGCAAUGUUUCCGUUGGAUCACCAUCGCCAUCAACCGCAAUAGCAUCAUCACCUAAUGUCACUGCUGCUUCGGUAAAGCCGAUUCCUUUCUUUGCUACUUCUGGAACGUUGAGUACAACUCCGUCAUUCGUACGUCCAUCUGCAUUCUCAGUGGUCACUAAUCUGGCUGCUUCGUGCUCAAGCACUAGUGCACAAUCAUCCUCGCCAUCAUCCUCAUGUGCUGGUGGCGUUUCAUCAAGUGUCCAUCAACAAACGCUGCAUUCGAGCACAACACAGCAGCAACCAGCCAUCAGUCGAGCAUUACUUGAACAGGUCGUUCAACCGGCACGACCUCAACCUAUUGUCCACUCGGUCAACAUUGAUUCGUCGCCAUCUGCUUCACAACAACAGGUGGGUGGUGUUCACAGUCAACAUAUGAAUACAACGGCAGCAGCAGCGCUUUAUCCUCAACUAAUGUGUUUACCGGUUUUGCUUGAUCGUUUUGGGCCGCAUAUUCUUCGAUCACAAAUGAAUCCGGCUCAGUUCAAGGCAAUCCCUAACAAUGAGCGUGUGGAUUUGGCGCGAUUCCGUGCUAGGGAACCACAGGACUGGUCAAUGGAAGAUGUGAUCGCGUGGAUGUUGGAUGUUGCCAAGCGAAAUCAUAUUCCCUUUGAGGAUCUCGAAAUGCAAAAAUUCGCUAGUUGCACAGGACCAUUAUUAUUGCUAAUGACUGAACAGAACUUCAGGGAUCGAGAUCCCAACUAUGGUUCUCUGUUGUUUUCCGAAUUUCGUCGUCUCGUCAGAGAUGAAAGUUUUAUCGAUGAUUGGAUGCGUGUAUAUAAAGAAUCUGAAGAGGAACCGCAACCGAGCACAAAUCGAGUUUACGACCCAUCGAGGAUGUCAGCAUCAAGCGUUUACAACUUCACCACCUCAUCACCGCUUUCUCCAUCCAUUCUGUUAACUCAUCAGCAGAUUGCCUCUACGAGUGCACAACCACAGAAUGCGUCACCAUUACCGUCCACUCUGCCCUCUACAUCGUCAUCGAAACUUCAUGCUGGUGCAUCAACCAGUUCUGAUUUUGAUUCACCUGCUUUUUCCGAUGAAGCUGUUCUGCACGGAGUGAAUUCAAAGAUAAAGAAGAAUAAGGAUGGUAAACCACGAAAGCGAUCACAACAUACAAAAGGAAAUAAAUUGUGGGAAUUCAUUCGAGAUGCGCUAAAGGAUCCUUCAACAUGCCCGAGUGUCGUCAGGUGGGAAGAUCGAAUCGAAGGUGUUUUCCGAAUAGUUGAAUCGGAAAAAUUGGCCAGGUUAUGGGGUGAGAAGAAGAAUAACCAAAAGAUGACAUAUGAGAAGCUGAGUCGUGCUAUGCGGACAUAUUAUGAAAAACAAAUCCUGGUACCUGUGCCCAAAACUGGUCUCUAUCCAAAAAAAUUGGUCUACAAAUUUGGUCCAAGCGCGCACGGUUGGGAUGCACCGUUAUCUGUUAAAAUGGAGCAUUGUGCUUGA